AUGAAUAGGUUUACGGUGUGCCGCGAUAUGUUCGUAAAAACCCUAGGAAUAUCCACUAAACGCGUAAAUACAACAGUUAAAAAAUCAAGAGUAUUAGACUUAAAAAAUAACCGCGACAGAAAAAGGAUAUUGACAGAACGUGAAUUGGAGGAUAUUUUGGCAGAUAGCGAUUUUUUCCUCAGUGACGAUAGCGAUAAUGAUUGCAGUGAGAAAGAGAAUGUUUCUGAAAACCUUUCAGAUGUUUUUCAUGAAAACGAAAAUAAUGCCCAAAAUGAUUUAGAAAAUGAUUCAGAUUCGGAGUGGGAUUCAGACGAUGAUACUCCUUUACUGCAGCGUUGGGAGAAACUCCAGGAAACGGAACAAUUAGAUGAUGUUAAGAAUACUUGGAGUGAAAAAAUUUUUGAAACUCAAGAUUUCGACGUCGCUGAUCCAUGGAUAGCUAAUGAAGAUCACGAAUUCUGGACACCAUUGGAUUAUUUUUCUGAGUAUUUUCCUGAGCAUUUUUGGGAAAACUUGUCUUCAGCAAAUUCCGAUGUUGAACAUGAACCUGUGUUGUUGAAUCAAAACAUGGAAAAUCUUGGGGAAAUUCAAGAACCGGACGAAACUGAAGUAAGAAAGGGAAGAAAGAAAAUGAAACAAGAGGCUUCAUGGGGGAAAUACGUCAGAAAGAGAUGUAGAGCUUCAGGAGAGAAAUACACUAGUAUAAAAGGGAAAGUUAUGGCCGCUAAAACGUUUUUUUACAUUGAAUGUAAUUGUCGUCUAAAAUGCAGUACUGGAGUGCCAGAGAAUGUCCAGAGAGAGGUACAUGACAGAUUUUACAAACUACAGGAUUGGAACGCUCAAACUAGCUGGUUGUGCGGUACAGUUAGAACUAAAGCACCUAAACGUCCCCGAAAAAAAAUACACCCAGAAUCUAGCCACUAUGGAGAAAGAACCUCAAAGCGCCAAUAUUUUGCACCCUCUUUAAACAUUUCCAAAAUGUACGAACUGUUUAAAUGUAAAUUAAUUAUUGAAGUAAAACCAGUUCUUAAAAAAAGUAUCUAUGAAAAAAUCUUUAGAACCGAAUUUAAUAUUCAUUUCUAUAUACCUAAAAAAGAUACUUGCAAAUUUUGCGAUGCAUUUCAAAUAAGUUUAAAUGCCGAAAGUAAUAAAGAAAAAUCAGAACAAGUAAAAAUAGAAAGGGACCAGCAUAUUGCUCUGGCUCAAAAAGCUAGUAAACUUCUGAAAGAUUACAAAAACGAGUGUGUGAAGCCGGACAGUACAGGUGUAUUAAUUACAUUUGAUUUGGAAAGAACACUUCCCUUACCUCACAUAAAUACCGGUGAGGUGUAUUACUUAAGGCAGAUGCAUAUGUUAAACUUAGGAAUUCAUACUUAUGAAAGUGGUGGAGAAAACGUUUUUAUGAACAUGUGGUAUGAGACCAAAGGGGCUAGAGGUUCUCAAAAAGUGAUAAGUUGUUUAUAUCACUAUUUUAAAAAUGACAUUCUUCCUCAUGCUACAAAACUUGUUCUCUUUAGUGACUGUUGUGGGGGACAAAAUCGGAACUGGAAUUUGUUACAUUUUCUUAUGUACAUGGUUAACGUUUUACCGAACAUUCAAGAUAUCUAUGUAAAUUAUCUGGUUACCGGUCACACAUAUUUACCAAACGAUGGCGAUUUUUCAUUUAUUAGUAGGGCACAGAAUUUAACCCCAGUGUACACUCCUGAAGCAUGGAUGGAAUUAAUUUAA